AUGUGUAAGAGAAAGAAAGAGAGAGAGAAGAGUGACAGAGCUGUUGAAGUCUCCGGUCCUACUUGCUGCCUGAUACUGCAGAAAGAAGAAAGAAGCUGAAAGAUGAAGACUUUGGCCAUCCUGGUUCUCUGCUCCCUGGCAGUCAUCUGUCUGACUUCAGAUGCCUACCAGCCUGCCAGUGACAACCCUGCUCAGGAGGGUUUGUUUGUGGAGAGGGCGCAGGCUGCCACAGUGGUGAGGCAGAAGAGAGCUGCUGGAGAGUUAACCCUGACCCAGCUGGAGAGCCUGAGAGAAGUGUGUGAGGCCAACCUGGCUUGUGAGAAUAUGAUGGACACAGAGGGAAUCAUUGCCGCCUACACCGCCUACUACGGACCAAUCCCCUAUUAGAAGCCAAAUCCACAACAGCUGUUGCUUUUUUUUUUUUUUAAUUUGCAUUAUCACCUUUGAGCUUGACUUUUUUUUUUCUUUGCAGUUAAGCCAAAAAGCAUGACAAAACAUUUCCAAAAGUGUGCCAGCCACUCAAAUUAGAAAGUGGGAGAUGUGGAGAUAAAAGGUGCAAGAGAGCGGAGCAAGAGGAAUAACAUCUGCAUGUGAAGUUAUUUUUCCAUCUUGCAUAGAUCUUCAGAAUUGUCUCUAUAAUUCUAUCAUUUCUGUUAGCCUGUAGAGUAGUGUGAUGGAAUUAAAUAAAGAUAAAUAAAACUCU